UUGCUACAGAUUCACCUUACUUUUUCAUAUCCAUAUCACACAUGUCGCAUUCUGACGAUGAAUUGGUGCCGGAAGGCGUUGCAGGCUACGUCGUGGGCGAAAAGAAGACGAUCGACGAAUACCAGAAGCUCGAUGCCGAGGACGAAUCCUUGGCCAAGUGGAAGGCAUCCUUAGGGUUGUCGGCGGGUAACACAUUGCCGGUAGCACCGGGUGAUAAGCGCAAGGUGGUGAUCACGGAGAUUGCCAUCUUCUUCAACAAUGAGGCUGAAAAGCCGAUAAUCGUGAAUCUCGAAAACGAGUCCGCCACGUCCUUGUUAGACGGGUCCAAAUUCAACUUCAAGAUCAAGGAGAGGAGCGUAUACGUAAUGAGAGUGCGCUUCAAGAUCCAGCACGAAAUUGUGACCGGGAUGAGAUACCUCCAACAGGCAAAGAAGGCCGGGAUCACCGUGGAUAAGUUGGACGAGCCAUGUGGCUCGUUUGCCCCCAACACGACCGAUAAGCCGUACUAUGAGAAGGUGUUUGAGGAGGUUGAGGCGCCGGGCGGAAUCAUGGGCAGGGGCUCUUUAGCGGUGACUGCAAAAUUUAUCGACGACGAUAAGAACGUCCAUAUGACUGCCAAGUUCACCAUCCAGAUCACCAAAUAGGGCUGAAGAGGGACACAAGCUUAAUUCUCCGUCGCCUUCCGCGUAAUAUACACUAAUACUGAAGAUAAAUGUAGCGGAUGCUAGUUCAGAAACUGGGAAGCCUACGAAAUGUAGAAUUCAUUCGGUACCCAGAAAUGUAAGAGCUUCGUGGGCCUUUCAUUGAUUCCGAACUACAGCGCUUAGGAUCAAGAUAAUUGUGAGCUUUCACUCUUGGUACGCUGGAAAUUGGACACCGCCAGGGUGUUAAGCAAUUUACAGGUUUUGGUAAUUGCCAAGAAAAGGGUCUUGAAGGAUCAGGCCGCGUAUCGCCUUUGGCUUGACCCAAUAAACACAGCUGUUGAAGCUA